AUGAGACCAAGCUCACCUUUGCCUAGUAAAGUCUGCAACUGCUGUGGUCGUCAACAUGAAAAAGGUCUAUGCAGAGCCACUACUUCCACAUGUCGUGAUUGUGGCAAGAUAGGCCAUUGGCAUUCUACUGCAAAGUGUCCUGCCAGGAAUGCCAGAUGUAAGGUCUGCAAUCGGCAGGGACACUAUGAUAACUGCUGUCCAAAGAAACGGAAGGCUAAGAAGGCAAAAGAAGAGGACACAAACCAGAACUUGAAAGUAGUAAGUUCUGUAUCCCCUUCAGUGUCAAAUGCCAGGAAUGUCACCUCUACUGCACGACCUAAACCUCAGCCUUCCCCUAAAGUCUGCGUAUCUAUUCGGCAUAAUGAUUCAUCGGGUAGUCUUGCCAUCAUCCCUGACACAGGUGCAGACACAACUGUCAUUGGACUCAAGCAUCUUAGUAGUCUUGGACUUUCGAAAGAAGACUUGGCACCACCAGCAGAGACAGUGUACUACAAUGCAGAUGGGUCACAGAUGCCACCAGUGGCUGGCUCAUUUUGUGGAACUAUCACCUAUGGCGACCGUUCGACUACAUGUUGGAUUGAUGUACAGCCUUCGCUUAUGACCCCGCUGCUCUCUUGGAAAGAGUGCAAGGAUUUGGGGAUUGUUCCGGACUAUUUCCCCAGGCAAAUGUCGAAUGUGCACAUGGCCAGUCGAGUCCAUGGGUCGGAUAGUACGCCAGUAUUGAGCCCCUCUCAGUUGCUGCCUUUACCGCUGGACCAGUUGAAGUCACCUGAAGAAGCAAGGAAGUAUUUUCUGCAUCAGUAUGCAGACGUCUUGCCAGUAGAGGAUGAACCAUCAGAUUGGUGUCAUCCAAUGGUUGUUGUCCCAAAAGUGAAUGGUGGUGUUCGUAUUACCACAGACCUGUCAAAACUCAACAGGCAAGUCUCUCGCCCUGCCCACCCUUCUCCGACGCCAUUUACAGCCAUCAGAAGUAUCAGUCUACGGUCAAAAUUCUUCACAACUGUGGAUGCUCUUUGUGGUUAUUGGCAACUACCCCUGCAUGAGGACGAUCAACACCUGACUACAUUUAUCAUUCCUUAUGGACGUUUCAGGUAUUGUCGUGGCCCCAUGGGUUUUGCUGCAACAGGAGACGCCUUUUGUCUCCGAGGUGACAGGGCACUUCAGGGAGUAACGAACUGCAUCAAAGUUGUGGAUGACAUUCUCCUACAUGAUGAGGACUACAUCUCACACCUUCAACGUGUAAAUGAAGUCCUGUCAAGGUGUCUUCAGCACGGGAUAACACUUAAUGCAGAGAAGUUCAUUGUGGCUGCAUCUGAGGCCAGCUUCUGUGGGUACAAACUAUCAAGAUAUGGUAUUGAAGCAGACCCAGAGAAGGUGAGGGCCAUCACAGAGUUUCCUACCCCUGCGAACUUAACAGAUCUUUGGUCAUUUAUGGGCUUGGUAAAUCAACUGGCUGAGUUUACACCCAAGAUUUCGACCACUGCAGCGCCGCUCCGCCCACUGAUGAGUCCAAGAAGAGCUUUUACUUGGACAGCGGACCACACCAAAGCUUUUCUUGACACUAAACAAGCUUUGUCAAAGCCACCCAUACUCGCGACAUUUGAUCCAGCUCUUCCUACCAUUCUGCAGACCGACACCUCUAGACUCUAUGGCCUCGGCUAUGUGUUGCUGCAGGACCACGGUGCUGGAAGAUACAAGAUGGUGCAAUGUGGAUCUCGUUUCUUGACGGACACAGAAACACGGUAUGCGACCAUCGAAUUGGAAAUGCAAGCUGUCGUUUGGGCUAUCAGCAACUGCAAGUUCUAUCAUCGUGGACUUCAGCACUUCAGUUUGAUGACAGAUCACCGUCCAUUGGUUCCUAUUUUGAACCAUUAUUCUCUGGAUGCUAUUGAAAAUCCUCGCCUGCAGCGCAUGAAGGAUAAAAUUGCACCCUACAUUUUUACUGCAAUGUGGCAUGCAGGUAAGGAGUUGUGCAUUCCUGAUGCCCUCUCCCGGUCACCUGUGAGUCACCCAACGGUGGAAGAUGGUACCUUCAAUACUGAGAUGGACACUUCUGUCAAGAUUGCGGUUUUGCAUGCUGUCAAGUCUGUUCAAGCAUCAGACGCUAUAGACGAGCAAGAGGAUCUCUUCAUGGAAGAAUUGCGUAUGGCUGCAUCUAAGGAUGCCUCAUAUGAAGAAUUGCUUCAACAUGUAAAGUCAGGGUUCCCCAAUGACCGCUACAACCUGCCAAGUACCCUGCGUCCGUACUGGAAAAUUCGCAAUGAGUUGUACAACAAUGGUGACUUGGUGCUGAAUGGACCUAGAGUGGUUGUCCCUGCUUCUUUACGCCGUAGCACCCUGGCUCACCUGCAUGAUUGCCACUCCGGUGUAGAAGCUACAAAGCGUCGUGCACAGCAGACAGUCUUUUGGCCAGGCAUUAAUGCAGACAUAGUAAAUACCGUUCGUGCCUGUGAACCAUGCCAGCGCCUACAGCCUAGCCAGCAACAGGAGCCGUUGCUGUUAGAAGACAAACCCACAAGACCAUUCAUGUCUGUAUCAGCUGACUUUUUUAGUGUUGCUGGAAAACACUUUUUGGUGUAUGUUGACAGACUUUCUGGAUGGCCUGUUGUCAUCCCGUGUGGAAAUAAUGCAACAAGUGCUUCAACGAUUAGAAUCUUUCGGCACAUGUUCCGUGAUCUUGGUGUCCCCGUUCGCCUGCGCACCGACGGUGGACCCCAGUUCUCCAGCCGAGAAUUUGCUACAUUUCUUCAGCGAUGGGGAGUGCGUCAUGUCAUGUCAAGUCCCAUUACCCCCAGUCCAAUGGAAACACAGACUCCACGCCCACUCACGCCCAUGACCUUUCGCAUGCCUAUUACUCAGUCCGCCUUCGCCUCCACUCACCUGCCUCUGAGCCCUGCUGUUCCCAAGUUUGACAGGAAAUUUAGGCGCUUUUUGCGAGGGACUUUGCAACAUCUGAAGGCCUUGAAAGCGUUGACAUCAUCCACACGAAUUCUCCUUUUUCCGGGUCUUCCGAGCUCGCAAUUUUUGUUUCCUCUGCUCUUUCUUCAAGUAACAACAGUUGCGAAGGCCCAGGCCGACCUCAAUAGGUCUCUAUUGGGCAAUGCAAUCACCAACACACAGAAAAGCAAAUAA